UUUCACGCAUGCGCAGUCUCCGUUCCAGGGGCACGAUGGCUGCGGACAGUACCCUGCUGCUGUCUCUGGUGGAGGAAUUUGUCUCGGGACUGCAGGACAGCAAGGCCAAAGAUACAGCAAAAGCUAUCAAAGAUGGACAGUUUACAAUACUGCAGCUGGCGGAAGCUCUGGGACUGAGUCUGACCAGCUCUCAGCCUCACACUCGAGCCAGAGGAGUACAGCUUCUCUCUGAAGUUUUACACGAAUGCUAUGGAGGUCUUACAGAGAGAGAAGUGGAAGUGCUCCUUGCCUUUUAUGAAAACCGCCUAAAGGAUCAUUACGUCAUCAUCCCGCCUGUUUUACAGGGGCUCAGAGCGCUGACAAAAUGUACAGUGCUGCCUCCCGGCUCAGCUGUGUCCAUGCUGAGGUCUUUGUUCCAGGAUGUUCAUGUUCAGUCUUUGAUGCUGGCAGAGAGAGCCUGCGUCUACAACAUGCUCAUCAACCUCAUGGAGACCAGAGAAGCCGAACUGAAAGGUUUGGGAGCGGACUUUGUGUUUGGUUUUGUCCAAUCAAUGGAUGGAGAGAGGGAUCCUCGCAACCUGCUGUUAGCCUUCCAGAUUGCCAGAGACAUCAUCCUCAGAGGUUAUGAUCUAGGUAAAUUCACAGAGGAGCUGUUCGAAGUGACGUCCUGCUAUUUCCCCAUCGACUUCAACCCCCCUCCCAGCGACCCACAUGGCAUCACCAGAGAGGAGCUCAUACAGAUGCUAAGGGACGUCCUUACUGGGACACCUAAGUUUGCUGAGUUUCUGUUACCUCUCAUCAUUGAGAAACUGGACUCAGAUGUUCAGAGUGCAAAGCUGGACUCGCUGCAGACUCUGACUGCUUGUGUGUCUCAAUAUGAACAUAAGGAUUUGGCGGAAUUCCUCGAGGGACUGUGGGCGUCGCUGCGCAGAGAGGUGUUUCAGACAGCGAGUGAAAAGAUCGAGUCUGCCGGCCUGGCUGCUCUCACCGCACUCACUUCCUGUCUGUCUCGCUCAGUCCUCAACUCAGACUCUGAAGACUCACUCAGCACGUUCCUGGAUCUUGUUCUCAAAGACUGCAAACAUCACCUGUGUGAGCCAGACCUGAAGCUCGUGUGGCCCAGUGCCAAGCUCCUACAGGCCGCCUGCAGCGCCUCCAACAGGGCGAGCCACAUCAUAACAGCCACGGUCAUGCCUUCGCUCGUCGAGCAGUACAACAGCAGAGCACAGUGUUCCCACAGACGAACAUUACUGGAGGUGAUGCAGCGAUUUAUCCAGUCAGUGAAAACCAGCCAGUCGUCAGAGAGCGAAGAGGGUGUGCUUUUGGUCUUCCGUCCGUCUCUGUGCAGCGUGGUGUUUUCAGCUUUGACAGAGACUAACGGCAGCCUGCAGAUCACAGCCACCUCUGUACUUACCUCACUCGCACAACAACCAGGCCUGCUGUUGGACUCUGAUAUCGAGCUGGCUGUAGAUCACCUGACCAGAUUGCUGCUGACGGAGGAGGACACUCAAGUCAGUCUUGCUGUGGUGGAAUGUGCUGGAGCUUUAGCAUCACUGCACCCAGCAGCCUUUAUCGCUAAACUGAUCCCAAGACUAAAGACAGAGAUCUUUUCUGAGCCCAUGGUUCAAGACAACAACAGCGUAGCUUCUGACCAGCAUUCCCAUCAUGCACUGCGCCAGCGGUGUUUGUCUGCUCUGGCUGCAGUGUCCACCCAGCCCAGUGUUGUCCAGGAGAGCACCCCUGUCCUCCUGGAGGUCCUCAGCUCAGCACACACAGGCAGUGUUGGUUUCUCAGUGGGGGAGGUGGUGUUGGCAUGUCGCAGCCUUCAGAGAAUAGCGGAGCAGGUUCAGGACACCGAGGAGACGGGACGAUGCUUCCAUGAUGUCAUCAUCCCGCGCCUGCUGUCUCUGGCGCUCCAGGCAGCACUGCAGGGUGAGGCGUCACCUGGUCGUGGUAGUCCUCUUCUGGAGGACGUGGUUCUGUCUGCCAUCGUGCCUGUCAUCAGUACUUCCUGCUCCAGACUGCAGCCAACGUUGGCAGGAGAGACGGCGUCGAGGGCUGUGUCUCUCUUCCUGGAAGGUGACGUUUCAUUUUUGCCCGACAACUCGUUCCCUUCACACAUCCGGCUGCUCAAGAAGCAGCAGGGGGACUCAUGGAGCCAGUCUCAGAUGGUUUGUCUGCUCAUGGGAUGUGUGUGUUCAUUACCUCGCAGCGUGGAGGUGCCUCAGAUAGAUCAGCUGCUGUCAGAGCUGGAGGAGAUGAGCUGCACCUGCAGCCACCCGUUCUCAUACACCUCGGCUGCAAAGUGCUUUGCUAGUCUGGUUAAUAAGAGACCGCAGGGUGAUUCUCUGGACAGCCUCAUUCAGAGCACCAUGAAGAGAGUGUGUGCUGAGAUGGACACUGCGUCUUCAUCUGUGCGCACUCAGGCCUUCACCCUCAUGAUCUGGGUUGCCAAGGCUCUGCUUCUCCGUUACCACCCUCUGUUCACAACACUGACUGACAAGCUCUUCUCUCUGCUCGAUGUCACUGAUCUGGGUCCGAUGGCUGCAGACGGAUUUUCGCUGCUGAUGAGCGACUCUGCCGACAUCCUUAACCGCGGCUGCCACGCUGAUGUCCGCAUCAUGUACCGCCAGCGCUUCUUCAGCGAGAAUAAAGCCAAGUUGGUCGAGGGCUUCAACGCUGCGCCGCAAGAGAAGAAGCCCAACUACCUGAAGGCUCUGUCCAACAUCGUCAAUAAACUGCCCAAGCAGGUUCAAGUCACUGAACUACCAGCGCUUCUGUUUCUGCUGUUGGAGGCCUUGUCGUGUCCUGACCUUGGCGUCCAGCUGUCCACCCUGUCCUGUCUGGAGCCCGUCCUCAUCGACCCCCCACCUGCACUCAUCCAGCAGCUGGAGGCUUUGGUCAGCAGGUUGCUGGCCCUCACCUCCAGUCCUGCCAUGGAUGUAAGGAUCGUCUCAUUGCGGUGCAUUCAUGCAGUUUCCCGCUUUCCCGAACAUGAGGUCAUGCCAAUUAGGGCCCGGGUGCUGCGAGCUCUGGCCAAGCCGCUGGACGACAAGAAGAGGCUGGUGAGGAGCGAGGCGGUUCGGGCAAGAGGAGAGUGGUUCCUGUUAGGAAGCCCUGGGGGAAGUUGAUCAUCCUGCUCAAACACAACCCAAACCUCCCAUCCUCCCUGAGCUUGAAAGAAUCCAAACGUGGGAAAAUCCAGGAGCAGGAACAGCCCUCUCCUCGGUUUGCCUCUCCAGUGCUCCUUCCACUUCUCUUUCAAUCUUCCAGCAUCCCUCUUUCCUUCUCACUCUCAUCUUUUAAACCAGAAUCCCUCCAUCCUUCACCUUCCCUCCCUUUUUACUGAAAUGUUUUUGUUGUAACUUACUUUAUCUUUAAACGCACAAAAAAGAGUAUAUGGACUGACUGUGGAGGGUCGUCUUAAGUUUAAUGAAUGAAAAUAAGCAGUUUGUUUAAUAUGCAACACAACUCAUGUACAUCGAUGUCUUCUCACUUUGUAUUGGAGAAAAUGUAGCAUCAGAUUUCAUGGAAGCAUCUUGGAUGUUAAUAAUUUGAAACAUGAUUCUCAAAAUGAAUUUUAAAUCACAAUACAAUCGCCGCCACACUGGCCCAAAGUUUGAUAUUGUAGGUUUCGUACAUGGUCCUUUCAGCAUCUCAAGUAACUAUGCACCCCAGAAAUCAUUACAAAAUGAUAAUGAAGUGAAGGACAGUAUUUUUGAUGUUAGGUAUUAAUAAGUAAGUCUUAUCAGCUUGUUUUUCUCAGUUAAGCAAUAAAACAAUCAAAAAUUUGGUACAUUUUUGUCAAGAUUUUAGCAACAGACUCAUAUAGAUGUAAGAAGGUUCUGAUAUUUGAAUUGGCUCUUGUUUAAAGCACUUUGAAUGUAUCAGCUCCUAUAUGAAGAGAGAAAACACACAUAUGUACAUUGGAUGGAAAAGUCACCGCAGUGUGUAUGGGUGAUGAAUGAUCUCAAAAACUGGUUUAACACUUUCUCGCUUUUUUCUUUUCUUCUUUUUUUUUUUUUUUUAACUUUAUGACCAUUUUGAGAAGUUUGGCUGCUGGAAAUCUAAAUAUGUAGAGUUAACAGCCAGUUGAUAGCAGAAUUGACUCCAGCAGACACUUACAGUCUUUUAUCGUCUCGUAUGGAUGAAUGUGUAACUGAGCAGUGAUGUCUUAACAGCUGUGUGGGGUUGUUGAGACCGUGGAGAACGUGCCAAGUGUCCUGCCAUUGCUCACAGGAUGACAAGUUCAUGAGUACUUUUACAUGCACAAAAUAUUCCUUUUUUUCCCCCUUAUUCCGAAAAAGACAAUAUUCCUACUAAGCUGUUUACGUGGCAAUAUUCCAUAUAGUCUAAAGGGAUGAUAACAGAUAAUCGAUGCUCGAUUAAUCGGUCAUUGAGCAUUUAAUCGAACAUGUGAAAUUUAAUAGAUAGGCUAUAAAAUGCUGUCAAAAUGUAUGUAAUAUGUUUCAGUGAGCUUUAAUAAAACAAAUUUGGUAUUGUUUGAAAUAAGCAACGUUUUUUUCCCCCAAAUAACGAUUAAUCGAUCAUUAAUUCUACAGAAAAAUAGUUUUGGUACCAGGCUGUAAACAUGUUAAUCUCUGCCUUCAAGUUGUUGUUUUUAAACGUGUGGGUCUAUGGGGAUGGACUUGCUCUUGGAGCCAGCCUCAAGUGGCCAGUAGAGGAACUGCAGGUUUUGACACUUUCGCAUUGGCUUCAUUUAGUAUGCCCUAACAUGUCGUUUAUCACACCCUAAUGAAAAAAACGUCUUGCUUUUUUGCAUCAAAAAAUGUUUUAUUCAGUUUCCUAAGGGUGGCAGGCUUGUUGGACCUCACAGAGGUCAGUGUUGUGAUAUUCUGGCAUUUCCAAAAAGCAGUUAAUAUCCAAGUCUUCAGUAAUUUUUUUUAGGUUUGUGUCUUCUUUCAACCAGAACUUUUCUUUUGGGCAUGUUUCUUUACACCAGCCUGCAAACUGCUGGUGAGUUGGUUUGUAUACAGUGUAUCCAUGACAACACACAGAGCAGAUAUGAGACAUCUGUCACAAUCUGCAAUAAAAAACCCAAUUGAGACGCAUAGUCUGAGUGCGCUAUAAUACAUGUCCAAAUAAUGCUAUUACAGUCUGAAUAACAUCAGCAUAUCCCACGUCUCAAUCUAAAAAUACUACAUGCUGAAAAAGGCAUAUCCAAAUAAAAUACACCGUUAACAUGACCCACAAUAAAUUCAAAAUAUUGUCAUAUUAAGGAACAAUAAUGGAAUAUCAUAGUGCAUGUAAAUGUACUCAGUGUUUCCCACCUCCACUGACGAGUUGGAUUUUAAGAUGCAUUUUACAUAAUAAAAUACCUAUGUUGAGGUUGAUAUAGGUUAAAUUAUGAUUCUAAGUUAUGUAAACAAUUUUCUUAACAUCUGCCUUGUAUUGUUGCUAUUAUAUCAUUAUUAUUGUCGAGUCAUCGCAGUAAGGUCGGCUGAGUUUGGACCUCACAUCAACUUAUGCCAAGGAGACAAUAUUUAAAAUGUCUAACUUAAAAUGCCAUUAAACAUUUGUUUGUAAUAAUA